AUGGACAGAGACAAGACCGUAAGGGAAGAUUACUGGACAGAUGAAGUGCAGUGGGAAGUAGCAAUGAGAAUUCAGUACCAGAGAUGGGAGAAAGUACGGAAGAUGGAGACAGUUAGGAAGGAAGCGAUGGCAAAGAUGGGGACGAUGACAUGGGAGACCUUUUUCUUGGAUGAUGCCAAAGUGAAGAAUUUCAUCACCUGCUAUAAAGACCCGCGGUUCCUGACGUUCUUCUUCAGGCGGCUCCGGAGGAACGAGACGGGUCGGUACCAGGAGAAUUUCCCGUACGUUUCCCCCUGUGGCCGGGAGAGGAAUUUCAUUCGCUGCGACGACCGGCCAAUUGUAUUCAGCCACCUGCUGAGCGGCGGGGCCCCCGGGGCCCAACUCCUGUCGUACUGUGGGGGGGGGGACAGACUGACGGUGCCGUUCGAGCCGGAGAAGCUGGCGGUGCAGCCGGACAGUGGGCGCUUGUACCACCCCGCGCCGGGCAGAUGUGGGGGCGUUGGAUUGGUCAGGUCAUCGCUGGCGUUUGAGUUAAGUUCUGGCUUCGAAUACGGCGCCAACUCCAUGGGUGCCCCCCCCACCCACUUCCACUGGAACGGCACCCGCGUGCCCCUCACUCACCAGCUCCUCCCCCUGCUCUGAGCCCCUGUGCCCCCUGGGUAUAAGGAUGGUGCCCGGCUGUGGGCGGCGCCCGGUGGUACCAAGUGAAUAAAUUGUGCAGUUAAUCAAG